AUUGGCUCUCUGAUUCUUUAUUUGAAAAACUUCAGUCUAGCUCACCGUCUUCGUUUGCAUGAGCUUCACUCAUAUUCUGGAUUCUUCCUAGGUUGGAAAUUAUUUGUGUCAGGAUGCUGUUUGGCUUUUUUCUUCUGCCUUCUGUGUUUUUCCUGGACAUAGGAGUGUGCAUGGCAGUGCAAACAGAGCUGAGAAUCACAACAAUAAAGCAAGAGCCAUAUACAAUGGUCAAAGGCACUCAGCUGGAAGGCUUUUGCAUGGACUUGCUCUCUGAAGUAGCCAAAAAGCUCGGCUUCAAGUACAAAGUGCAGCUGGUGAAGGACAGUUCAUAUGGCAGGCAAGAUGAGAACGGGAACUGGAAUGGGAUGAUUGGAGAGGUGGUGAGAAGGGAGGCAGACCUUGCGAUCGCUCCGCUGACUCUCACCGCGGCUCGGGAGAAAGCUGUGGGCAUGACCAAACCCUUCAUGCAGACAGGGAUCAGCAUCCUGCUGAGGAAAGACAUCUCAGAGGAAGCAGGCUUCUUUGACUUUCUGACUCCAUUUUCUCUGGAGACAUGGAUUGGCGUACUCGUCGCCUACGUGGGCACUGCUGCCUGCAUCUUUAUAACAGCCAGACUCAGCCCGKGUGAGUGGAGUCAGGCUCAGAGUGAGAAAAACAGAUUUGGUUUCCUCUACAGCCUGUGGUACACGGCUGGAGCUCUAACUCUACAAGGUGCUGGUCAUCAACCCAAAGCUCUAUCUGGACGUGUUGUUUGCAGCAGCUGGUGGUUGUUCUCUGUCGUCCUCUUGGCUUGUUAUUUCUCCAACCUAAGCUCGUCUAACACCCCAGAGUCCAGCCGCUUGACGGUGAAAGGGUUUGAGGACUUGGCCAAUCAAAACACGAUUGAGUACGGCUGCCUGGCCGGCUCUUCCACCCUAGCUUUUUUCAAGAAUUCGAACAACCCAGUGUACCGCAGAAUCUACGAGCACAUGGAGAGAACAAAGAGUUUUGUGUCGACUAUGGAUGAGGGUGUCAGACGUGUCAAAGAAGGAAACUAUGCCUUUAUUGGGGAGUCUGUUUCUUUGGACCUGGCGGUGGCCCGUCACUGUGAACUGGUGAGAGCACAUGAAGUCGUUGGUAUGAGAGGAUACAGCAUUGCUGCCGCCCUCGGUUCUCCGAUAAUAAAGAACCUCAGUGUUGCAGUCCUUCAGCUGAGUGAGGCGGGUGAGCUGGCUUAUCUGCGAAGCAAAUGGUGGGCCAGCAGCUGCAUCGCAGAUAAGGCCAAACCUUCAGCUCUGCAGUCACACAACCUGAAGGGGAUGUUCCUGGUUCUGUCUCUGGGCCUUGGACUGGGGACGCUCCUGGCUGUUCUCGAGCUCACCUUUCAGAGUCGCAAAAGAGCAGCGGAGCAGCAGAAAUCUUGCUGCGCUGUUCUGACCCAGGAGCUGAGUCUGCGCUUGGGAAAUGGCAAAGUAAACAAAACCCAAGAAAAUGCAGACAAAGAAAAAGCAUAAAGUCUUUUAAAACUUUAACUAAUUGAGGAAAUUUUUUUGUUUUUAAGCUUCAUUGAAAAGAAUAAUUGAACUUUGUAACUGACCUCUUAUUCAAAAGAAACCUCACAUUUUAUUAAAAUACUCAUUUUAUUAUGUUUUACUAAAAGAAUACUGAAAAAUGCUGUUUUUUUUUGUUAAA